AUUUUGAAGCGUCUGAUGAAUAUGAUGAAAUUGACAAGACAUUUUUCAUUCUUUGGACUUUUUGUUUAGCUUUUUCAUUACAUUUUGAUACGCAAAUUCAUUUUAAUGUAACAAUGCACAGCAUGUAAAUUUUACCACAAUGAAUAUAUCAAGCCUCUGCCAAAAGAACACAGUCAUCCAAAGAUGUCUUUGCUCCAUGUUUGGAUUAAAUGGAAAGAGGCAAUUGCUUACUUACCAAUUAUUUAAAACCGUUGAAAAACAAAAGUGUGCAAAGAACUUAAUUCUAGGACGAUUCAAAUCUUCCCUUUUUACAAGUGACAGAGACACAAAUACAAGCAACUUUCAAUAUGACCAUGGUUUAGAAAAGAAGUUGAUGGAUACCGAAGAGCUUGAAAGAAACUUACGACUCAGAAGCUGCAGCAUUGACGUUGAUAAGUUGAAAGAUGAUUACAGCAACCUAUGCAAGCUGGAAGCUGAACGAAAUAGAAUUGAGACGGAGAGAGCGAGAGUGGCACAACAUAUUGCCAACAUUGUGAAACACAUGAAAGAAGAUAAGACCAAGUCAAAAGAAAUUGGUGAUAAGAUGAAGAAAUUGAAAAUAGAAGGAAAGAUAUUGAAAGAAACACUAAAAGACGUUUUAAAUAAAUUAUGGGCCGUAGAGGAAAGAGUGAUGUACACUGCUUUAUCUCUGCCUAAUUCAACUCUGCCAGAUGUGCCUGUUAAUGAGGAAAAUGUAAUCGAGGAACAUUUUACAGAUGCCUGUAUCCAGGUUGAUACAGACCACCUCAAUGUUCUUGAGCAGUCCAACAUGGUCAAGUUGAGCAAUGUUGGAGCAAAAGCGUACUAUCUGACUGGUCAACUGGCAGUGUUGGAGCAAGAGCUAAUAAGCCAUUUUAGCUCCAGUCUUAGACAACAGGGUUUUCAGCUCAUUCUAGCUCCUGAAAUAUUCAAAGCUCCUGUGGUGGAAGCAGGAGGUUACAAUCUCCUGGAUCCAAGCUCAAUAUACAGAAUGCAGCCUAAGCAUGGAACCAGUCCCUCGGACUGGGACCAAGACUUCAUGUUUCUCAGAGGGGCUUCACAUCUUUCCUUUCUUGCCUACUAUGCACGAAUGAUGAUCAACUCUUCUGACCUCCCACAGGAAAAGUUCAUUGUUGGCAGAAGUUACAAACCAGAAUCAGAAGACUGCUUUAACGGCCUCUAUGGAGUGUUACAGACAGUACAGGUUAGUGCAUGCGGUCUCAGUGAAAGUUCAAGCCAGAGCAUGGACAUACAGGCACGCUUUCUUCAAAUUCUUACUGACAUCUAUGCUGAUCUUGGGCUUUCAUUCAGGAUAGUGUCAAUGCCAGUGCCAAGUCUGAAGGUUCAUGAACAAAGUAGACUGGAAGUUCAGAUGUGGGCUCCAACGCUUCACAAAUAUUUAAAGGUUGGUUCCGUCUCUAUUCAUGGUGAUUAUUGUUCUAGUCGUCUCAUGAUCAGAUGUUCACAGAAAAGUCUGAAAGACUCACACCCAGUGCAUAUGGUUUAUGCAGAGGUGGUUGAUAUUACCAGGCUAGUUGCUAUAAUGUUGGACAGUUUUAACACGGUGAAAACGUGAGAUGUAGAAUUUUAUUAAGAAAUGUAUCACAAUAUAUUGAUGGCAUCAAAACAUGUUCAACAAGCUCUGCUAUUUAAUGUUGUUUUUUUGAAAAGCAAUAUAUAAAUGCAAUACAAUAAAUAGUGUUACAUAUUCUUUGAAAAGAAAACAAAAGAGUUUAAAACGCAAAUGAGGGUUGGAGGGAUAUGUGCAUAUUUGUCAACAUUUUUGGAGAUAAUUUGUUUAUCUCCCGUCACUGUAAUCGAAAGGCUUCAUUCUGUAAAGCUAGUAAGUGGCCUUUUCAGCAGUUAAACAGUGUUUGAAGAACAUAGAGAUGAAAUCCUAUUAUUGCUUGAUCGAAGCUGACGCAUAAUUAAUAUCAUCGCCACUCAGCAGAUUUUCAUCUGUAAAACCUGUGGCCAUGUACGCGGUUUGAGAAUUUGCAGAGUCCUAGAAAAUAUAUUCACAGUAUUGAAGUGUAUCAUGACUGCUGCACAAAUAGUGUUUCUUAUUGUCAUAAGGCUGGAUUUAUAACGAGAAGCUGUCUUCCAAAAUACUAUUUCAAGUGAAAUACGUUAAUAAUAUCGAAGUAUAGCAUGAUCUUGGUACAUGAAAGGUUCAAGCAGGCUUGAUUCACAACAGAAACUACCAUUCCAAACACACUUACAAGUGAAAUAUGUUUACAGUAUAAAGUGCACGAUGACUUUGGUGCAGGAUAGGUGUUUCUGAUAUCGCCACAAGGCUGCAUUUACAACGAGAAACUACCAUUGAAAAUACACUUUCAAGUAAAGUAUGCUUACAGUAUAAAGUGGACAGUGACUUCGAUGCAACUGAUGAAUUUGUUACAUAAAUGGUUUAAGAUUUACAACGGUUUAACUACCGUUCCAAACACACUUACAAAUGAAAUACGUUUACAGUAUAAGGUGCACAAUGACUUUGUUGCAUGAUUAGUGUUUCUAGAAUUGCCACAAGGCGGAUUUACAACGAAAAACUGCCUUUCAAAACACACUCUGAAGUAAAAAAAAUAACACUAUUCAAGUUUAUCAGCAAAUGGUGCAAGACUUGUGUUAGAUGUCUGGAUUACCCAUGGGAAACUCCCAUCCAAAAUAUACGUUCAAGUGAAAUAUGUUAUAAUAUAGUACAAGUAUUGAGGUGAAUCAGAACUUUUGUGCAUGAAUAGUGUUUCUGAAAACACCAGAAGGCUUGAUUUUUAAAUGGGAAACAACAAAUACAGUUUUAAGUUAAAUCUUUUGGAAUUCACUGUUUUCAUUCUUUUGAUGUUUUGUCGUAUGAUCGAUAUCGAGUUUGGCAUAUCUGAGUAAAUUUCGAAUAUGUUUGAUGCUUAGACAAGUUUCAUCAAAUAAAUGUACAAUGUGCUUCUGUUGUGGGUUUUACAAAAAGGUGCAUAACUGCAUGACUUGUGUAAGAUGUCUGGAUUACCCAUGGGAAACUCGCAUUGAAAAUAUACUUUCAAGUGAAACAUGUUAUAAUAUAGUAGUAGUUUUGAGGUGAAUCAGAACUUUUGUGCAUGAAUAGUGUUUCUGAAAAACCAGAAGGCUUGAUUUUUAACUGGGAAACAACGAAUACAGUUUCAUUUUUUGCCGUAUGAUCGAUAUCGAGUUUGAGAUAUCAGUCAAUUUUGAGUAUGUUUAAUGUUUAAACAAGUUGUUUUUUUUCCAUCAUAAUAAAUGUACAGUG